AUGGUGUUACACUGUAUGGCUUGGGCUUUGUCGAGCUUCAUCAGUACAAUGCGUAACAGGGUGAUAAACUGACAUCUCUCAGCUGUGUUUUUACAGUAGAGCCCGAGGCCGAAACAUUCGAGGAAUCGUUGUUAAAAUUCUGACCCAAAAUUGGUGUUGGAGUUCAGAGUUGAAGACAACCAGACUAGAAGCGAUCGGACUUUAUAUUCAUCAUGUUUCCAGGAAAGGGAAGACAUUACUUUAUGUUUGACGAUGGAAAACGCUUGUGAAUGAAUCGGAAGGGUUUUGUCUGCUGGAAUUACACUAUAAGGGCUUUAUGGUUGAAUCUUGGGGUCAGAGAGCCUUUGUUUACAGGAUCAGAAAGAGGCCAGGAGUCAGUUCAUGUGAAUCGGAGAGGGGUGUCUGUCGUUGUUUAGAUGGUGAUUAGAAAGACAGGAAGGAUAGAUUGGGACUAAUAAGAAGAUCACGUUACUUAACCAUAAGCAGCGCACGUUACUUAACCCACUGAAACCAUGUCGCAUGUGACUGACUGGGAAGCGUCCGCGUCGAUAAUCGUAUAACCUGAGAGAGAAAGGCACGGACCAGCUGGGGUGACACAACCCCGCCACGGUGCCACCAUGGAUCUACUUGAGUGCCCAAUCUGCCUGUUCCUCAUGUGUGAACCGGCCACCAUGUCCUGUGGUCACUCGUUCUGCCGGAGCUGCCUGGGGAACUACUUGCCAUCCAGGUGCCCAGCCUGCAAGGAAAGAUUUAAACAGAGAGACGCCAAAAAUAUCAAGAACACCAUCCUGAUAUUCAGUGUCAUUGAGAAGUGCUGCCCAGAAGAAACGAGGAUGAAAUGCCAGAUUCUGGAGAAACUCAAAACCAGCGAGUUCACAGAAGCUUUACGCAUCGCGGAUGAAGGGAUACGACUAGCCCCUGGUGAUGUGAGUCUGAAGGUGUGGAGAGCGGAGGCCAGUAUGGGACUGGGACUGUUCUCUGAUGCCCUGAGGGACCUUGAAGACCUUUGCUGCGUUCGCCCCAAGUGGACAGAGGGUUUCUUUCGUAAAGGUAAUGUGUUACUGGAGAUGGGUCGUCAGUCUGAAGCCCUGAUCCAGUUUCACCGCUGUCUCAAACUACAGGCCGACUUCACUCCUGCCAAGAGCCAGAUUAAAAAGAUCCUGGAGGCGGAAGGCAUGUCAGUUCCAGAGGAGGUGCCCCAGAUCCUCCAGGUGGUGUCGGAGUACCUCAGAGACUCCUGCCCCCCCAUCACAAGCCUCUUCCCCACUGGACCCACACAAAGCCACACACACAGCCACGCCGAAAGCCUCCGAUUCCCUCAGGAGGAGGGGGUCGACGGGGACAGGAGAGGAGACUCUGAGAACGGGUCAAAGGUGAAACAUGGGACCAGUACUGAGUGCUGUCUCAGUCUCUGUCAGGCCGUGUCCUUCCUCCCUACAGCCGAGGAUGAUGAGGAGAUGAUGAUGAGGAAGGAGGAGAGGCACAGCAGGGGAGGCUGCAGUCUGGACAGAAGAGACUCUCUGAGUGUCCUCACUGUGUCUGACUUUGAAUGUCCCCUCUGUAUCAGGCUGUUCUAUGAGCCAGUGACCACUCCCUGUGGACACACCUUCUGUAGGACCUGCCUCGAGAGAAGCCUCGACCACAACCUCCGCUGCCCCCUCUGCAAACAGCCACUACAGGAGUACUUUAAGAACAGGAAGUACAACCCCACAGUGCUGCUGCAGGAGAUCAUGUCCCGCCUCUUCCCCCUGCAGCUGGCUGAGAGGAAGCAGGUCCACGAGACUGAGAUGGCCGAACUCUCCAAUCUAACUAAGGACAUCCCUAUCUUUGUGUGUGCGGUGGCGUACCCUGGUGUGCCCUGUCCUCUCCACAUCUUCGAGCCUCGUUAUCGCCUCAUGAUGAGACGAUGCAUGGAGACGGGCACCAGGAAGUUUGGCAUGUGCAGCUACGAACAUGGAAAAGGAUUUGCAGACUACGGCUGUAUGCUGGAGAUCCAUAGCCUAGAGGUGUUGCCUGAUGGUCGCUCCUAUGUGGACUGUGUGGGUGGAAGUCGCUUCAGGGUCCUAAAGAGAGGACAGAGAGAUGGAUACCACACUGCUGAUAUAGAAUACAUGGAGGACCACAAGGCUGAGGGGUCAGAGUUGGAGCUGUUGCAGAGCCUCCAUGACAGUGUGUAUGAGCAGGCCCAGGACUGGUACACACGCCUCAACACACGCCUCAGAGAACAGAUCAGCAGACAGUAUGGAACCAUGCCUGACAAGGACGACAACAUACAGGCCUCCAAUAACGGUCCAGCUUGGUGUUGGUGGUUGUUGUCAGUUCUCCAGCUGGACCCUGCCUACCAGACCACUGUGCUUUCUCUGCCCUCCCUCAAAGAUCGCCUGGGACACCUGCGCAUCGUUCUGGAGUACUUCUCCCAGAGCUAGAGAAGAGGAGGAGUAUGAAGGAGAUAGAGGGAUACAGUGAUACUUGGUUUCUGAUGCCAAUCCAGUACCCUACACAGAGGAGAAUCUCUACAGACCGGAUAAUAUGAACCAUACACAAUACAGAAAUACACACAAACACACAUCCACUAAUAUAUUACACACACACACACACACACACUAAUAUAUUACACACAUACACACAAGCAGAAAGAGAUUGUUUUAUCACUUACAUAAAUACCAUAUUGAAUUGCUGGUGAAAGAGAGGAGUUUUUGUUUUUUGGAGAAAACUAACUCAAUAUACUUUCAAAUGACUAUAUACUAUGUUUUGACUGUCCAUAUACUAUGUCUUGACUGUCCAGCUCGCUAAUAAUUGCCAAAAUUAAAGCUAGACAGUCAGGGAGUAUCGUAAAUUCCCAAAACGAUGGAUAGAGGACUUUCUCUUGCAAAUUUUAACGGUGAGGAAAUAAUCAAUAUUCAUUGCAGCUCCCCGGAACUCGUUGAAAACCAAAUGCAGCCCCCAGGGCAAAAUUUGUUUGACCCCCUGCAGUAGAGGGUUCAACUCAAUCUGUUCUUAUUCAUGCCAAAGGAUGUAAACCUGGUGUUAAUGUCUCAGACAACCAAUAGGUGUCCCUGUUCUCACUCCUGUUUCCCCUAUCAGCCAAGCAUAAAGAACACUGCCUUUCGUCAUGGCAACUGACCUGCACUCAUGAUGUAAUCAUCCAUGUCAUAAUCAGAUGAUCUGAUUAGUCUGACUCCUAUGGCUCUAAAGUGCUUGAUGAAAUGCUAUUAAAGGAGAGAUGAGAUGAUAGCGGGAUAUCGCUCAGUCUUACAGAGCUGAAAACAACCUGAUUUCCUGGAUAAUGCACAGUAUGCUAUUAAAGAGUUUGGGUUAAUGUUAUGGAUAGUUUAGAAUAAUCAUGUUGUCUUUUUUUUUUUGGGGGGUUCUUUAAAACCUUGGCAAGCUCCCAUAUUGUGACAAACACAAUGAGCAGCCAUUUGGUAUCUAACAAUCGGCCACUAAAUUAGGAUCAUCAAUUCUUUAUUUUAUUACUAGCACUAUAGUAUAAUUGCUAUUUCCGUUACUAUAUAUUUCCUGCAAUGAAGCAUCGUUACCAAUAUUGAAUAGGAUGUAAUAUUAGUGUGCUAUUGCAAUAAUGAUCUAUUAUGAAACAUCGAAACAGACAAAGGCCUGGGUGAAAAUCGUAAUGUGAAUUAAAAGCUGCUAUUGGCUGA